GAAGCCAAAGUAAAAUGUAUUACAGGUUUAAACAAUAUAAAAACCGUAAGCAAAAUGGUGAAAUCCAGGAGGCCACGAAUACUGCAACAAAAAUUGCGGUGGACUUCGCCCUUCAAACGCCUCCAGCGCGUAAAGUUCCCAAGGAAUUGGAGCUAGUGGAUCGCAUGACUUCUGCUGAUUUUCGCAACGAUCAUGCCGCUCAUUUGGAAAAUAUGCGAAAAGUGCAAAAUGAUCGUUACAAUAUAUAUUUCUUCGAGAAGGCCAUGGAAAUAAAUCAACAUCUAUUUAAGGAUCGCGUUAUAUUGGUCCUCCGCUGUGGUCCGGGCACGUUAGCCCUUAUGGCAGCCCGUAUCGGUGCCAAACGGGUAUAUGCAGUUGAUCAUUCGAAUGCAACACGCUAUGCUGAACUGGUGGUGAAGGAGAAUCACUAUGAAAAUAAAAUAAAGGUCCUCAAUGGUUACAUAUCACAGGUGCAAUUGCCUGAAAAAGUUGAUGGCAUUGUGAGCAGUUGGAUGGGACAAUGUUUGCUCUAUGAAUCGAGUGUGCUUGAGGUGGUUGAAGCUCGAGACCGGUGGUUAAAGCCCAAUGGAUUUAUUCUACCCGAUUUAGCAUCUUUAUAUAUGCUGGGAUCUCAGGAGCAGAAGCUUAAGGAGAGCCUUUGCAAUUGGUGGUUAUCCGUCAGUGGCUUUAAUAUGAAUGCACUGCGACAAUAUUCCUUGGCCGAACCACGGUUUCUGCGCAUGCAAGGCGAGAAAAUUCUUACAAUGGCUCAUCGGGUCAUGAGCAUGGACUUGCUAAAAAUUAACAAAGACGAAAUAGCGAUUGAUCGGCAAAUCAAAUUGAAGGUUAAGAAGGAAGGCUUUUUAGAGUGUUUUCUUUUCUACUUUGAUGCUGAAUUUAGUCGUUCGCAUUCGCCAAUAAAACUAAGUUAUAAUCCAUAUCUAAAAUUGCCCUUUAAAUCCAUUUGGCAUCAGACUGUACUCUUCAUCGAAAGACCACUUGCAAUUCGUCUUGACAAGAAGUACGUUGGACAUCUUGUUUUUAGGCCAUUAAAGAGACUGAACUUCAAACAAAUGGAGCUCCAUAUAAGCUUCUUUGAGUCGGCAGAUAAUCAUGCAGAAGAUAUAUAUAAUGAACGCUUAGUAUGUAAACGUUGGCUAAUGACUGACUGCUUCCAAACGUACGCCCAAGUGGCCAGUUGUCAGGAUUAUCGAGCGUUGAAGUGCCAAAAUUAGUGUAUAUUUA